AUGUGGGGACGUUGGGUCACACCGUGCAUAGCUGCACUAUGCUUGACAUGGGUGAUUCCGACGUGCGCAAGAGUGGUGGACUUUGAAGCAGUGGGUGGCAAGGCCGAGGAUGAGUCUGAGGCCACAGAGUGGUCCAACGGUCGGUUGCUAAACGAGACAUUGAACUCCUUGCAAUCGGGAGACACGCUUCUCAUCCCUAAGAAGUCCUUUCACCUCAUGGGAGGCAUCCUUGCCGGAGCUUUGCAGAAUGUGGUCAUCCAAAUCGAUGGGUCUCUCAUCUUUUCUUCAAGGAAACAGGCUUGGCCAAGACACCCGGGCGGAGGGGUGCUAAGCUGCCUCCGUUUUGAGAAUGUUGUAAACUUGACCCUGACAUCAUCUGGCAAAGGCACUUUGGAUGGCCAGGGCAAAGCGUGGUGGGGCUAUCUUGAUUAUUUGAAGAUUCAAGAGAAUCGCCCCCGGCUGCUCGAGAUGUCGCAGCUGCAAGGCGUUCUCGUAGAGCGCCUGUUGUUGACCAAUGCGCCCUAUUGGACCACGUGGUUUAGCGGAGUCGAUGGCUUGGAGAUUCGAUAUUCCGACAUUCUGAACAGGAGAUCAGCAUACAAAGGCCACGGGCUCUUUGACCUGGGAGCCUUCAAUACCGACGGCUGGGAUGUGUCCGGAAAGAACAUCUGGAUCCACCACAGCAAAGUUUGGAAUCAGGACGACUGCUUCGCUGUGAAAGGAUCCUCUAGCAAUGUUCUCAUCGAGAACGUGGAGGCCAGUGGUUUGGGCUUGACAAUUGGCUCCGAGGGGGGUAACGACAGAGUUAGGAACGUGACCUUCCGAAACGUCUACAUGGAGAAGACCUUCAAAGGCAUUUACAUGAAGUUCCGUGAGAUUGGUGAGGGUGAGGUCGGCUUGAUUGAAGACGUGACAUAUGAGAACAUUUACAUGAAAGAGCCGGAGCAGUGGGGCAUUUGGAUCGGCCCUGCGCAGCAAUCCGACUCCCGACGCUUCUGGCAGGGCCAUCCCUGCUCAUUGCUCUGGCCAAACAUCCCCGGAGCCACCUGUAAGGCGGCCGAGCGGGGGAUCUACAGGAACAUCUUGUUGAAGAAUGUCACCAUCGACAACCCCAAGCUUCAGCCCGGAGUCAUCUUCUCGAGCGCGGACUAUCCCAUCCAAAACAUCAGCUUUGACUCUGUGAGGGUAGUCAACUGGAGGGGCAGGAAGGACAAGCUUCAAUACAAGCUUUGCGAAGGCGUGAAUGCUUCCCUUGCCCGCGUUCUCGGAGCCACCUACCUCAGACGCAUGGGGAUUCGCUACUUUGAUGUGGUCCUGUUGAUAACUUCUUCGCGGUUCACCGAAGCUGAGCUCAUGCUUGCCGAAGAGCUUCAGAAGUUCGAGGUCCCCUACUUUAUGGUUAGGAACAAGGUGGACAUAGACAUUGCAUCCGAGAUCCUCCGUGAGGAGGAAGCGCUGGAAGGAGACGAUGGAGACGAGUGUGAAUUGCCGAAAGAAGAUCGCGAGAGAGUCGAGCAGCAAACCAUCAGUUGCAUCAAGACCUACUUUGCCUCCGAGUACAGCGUCGAUCGCGUCUACUGUGUUUCAUCCAGGCGAAAACUGCGCAGCAACCAUGAUUUUCCCAGCUUGGAAGCCGACAUCUUGGAGGCCAUCAGAAUGCAGCGGUCGUAG